CCCAAGCCUGGUUGCGUAUGACUGCUACGUGCUGCUUGCCUGAGUGCGAAAGCCUUUUAUAACAACUGGGUCUGAGUCAGCUGUUGGAGAUAGUUUGAUAAUCAUCCUACCCUUUGACUAACUGAACAAAGAACUAGAUCCUGGAGCAGGACUAUGCUGGUACUAACUGGCUACAGAACUCUGGAGAUAGUAUUAUUGAGAGAGACCUAAAAGGUUAGCUCUUUCACUGGCAAGAACCUCAGGGUUUUGCACCUCAGUCCUAUAGCAUGGCCUACCCUAUGUAAAAUGAUUGAAAGUCUGCUCUUCUAAGGAAAAAGAUGGAGUGAAAAGCAGAUUCACAGAGAUCCAGCAUUGAUGCUUGAGAGAAGCCCACCCAGAGAUCACAGAAUCAUGGGAUGUUAGAGGUUGGAAGGGACCUCUGGAGAUCAAGUCCAACCUCCCUGCCAAAGCAGGACCACCACAGAAUCUGGGGCGUUCUGUGUGUUUGGAGAUGGAAAAAGAUGAAAACCAAGCUGGUUUCCUGGAGAAGGAAGGUGGCAAAUACUUAAAGGAACUUUAUUACUGUGGAACCAUGUUUUGAAUGCUUCUCCUAGACAUCUUUCAUAAAUACUCUAGAUAUUAGCAGGUUGAUUAGAAACCUGUCUUAUCAAACAGUUUAUACUGGAAGAAGACUGCUUGGAAUAUGACAUUUUUGUAUUGUUUCUGAAAGUCUAUGAGAAAAUUCCAUAGACAUCUGCCUGUUAUUUCUUAACUCCACAUCUCAAUUCAACUACAACAAAGCUAGUCUUUGAAGUGAAUAGAACCAGAGCCCUUUUGGAAACUUUUAUUGAACAUGACUCAUGGAGAAGAGCUUGGCUCUGAGAUGCACCAGGAUUCUGUUGUUCUAACUUACCUAGAGGGAUUACUAAUGCAUCAAGCAGCAGGAGGCUCAGGUACUGCAGUUGACAAAAAGUCUACUGGGCAUAGUGGAGAAGAUCAAAACUUUAAGAUUUCUGGAAAUAUAUUUCCUAACUGUCAAAGUAAUGGUCCAGCUCUUAACACAAAUACAUAUCAGGGAUCUGGCAUGCUGCAUCUCAAAAAAGCAAGACUGUUGCAGUCUUCUGAAGACUGGAAUGCAGCAAAGAGAAGGCGGUUGUCUGAUUCCAUAGUGGAUUUAGGUGGAAAAAAGGAAGCUUUGUUAGCUGGUGUGGUUGAAAAUGUGCCUAAAGGCAAACAGGAUAGCACAUUACUUGCCUCUUUGCUUCAGUCGUUCAGUUCUCGGCUGCAGAGUGUUGCUCUGUCACAGCAGAUUAGGCAGAGCCUUAAGGAGCAAGGGUAUUCCCUUAGCCAUGAUUCUUUACAAGUGGAGAAAGAUUUAAGGUGCUAUGGUGUUGCAUCCAGUCACCUGAAGACUCUACUGAAGAAGAGCAAAGCUAAAGAUCAGAAGCUGGACAACAGCCUACCUGAUAUAACAAAGAAUGUGCCCAAAGAGAGGUUUAUAGAAUCUCCUCAUGCGGUGCAGAGUGGUCCUAAAGUGAUAAAUGAGCCACUGUCAUGCGCUGCAAGAUUACAAGCUGUUGCAAGCAUGGUAGAGAAACGAUCCAGUCCCGCUGCUUCACCAAAGCCCAGCGUAGCAUGCAGCCAGCUAGCUUUACUCCUUUCCAGUGAAGCUCACUUGCAGCAGUACUCCAGGGAACAUGCUUUAAAAGCACAAAAUGCAAAUCAAAUAGCAAGCGAGAGACUUGCAGCAAUGGCCAGAUUACAAGAAAGCACUCAGAAAGAUGCUGGCCAGUUCAGUUUAGCAAAAGGAAUGACAAGCCAUCUCAAUGGUCAGACAGGAUCAUCAACCAAAACAGCAUCUAGUAAAAGCAAUAUGGCACCAUUUCAGAGUUCAGUGGGAAUCAUGCAUUCGCCUCCAAAAAAUGUGGGAUACAAAAGUGCUUUGGAAAGGAGUAACCUGAAAACCUCUCCCAGCAACAGUUUGCUCUUGCAUCUACUGAAAAGCCAGAAUACCACCAAACAUGUAAAGGGCCACGAACAGAGCGAGAGAGCCAGCAUUUUUGAAGACAGCAGCACACCGACAACUAUUGAUGAGUAUUCAGACAACAAUCCCAGUUUCACAGAUGACAGCAGUGAUGAUGAAAGUUCCCAUUCUAACUGCCUUCCUAUAGACCUUUCCUUUAAACAGAGGACAGAUAAACCAGAUACAGGUCCACUUGCAUCACUGGGUAACCUGACUCAGUCCUUGCUUCAUAACUGGGAUCCAAAAGUUUCUUGUCCAGAGAACAAGGAAGACAAAGACACUCCAAAAGCUUCUAAGUUGAAUCCUCAUCAGAAAGUAACAUUACUUCAGCUGUUACUUGGACAUAAGAGUGAAGAAAAAGUAGACAAGAGUAAUGACCCUCAGGGACCACACAGUGCAGCUGAUGUGGCAAAAUUUACUGUACAGACUGGUAAAAGGACUCCUGUUACUGACAGUCCCAGUGCAAAUCGAAUGACUCCGCUAAGCACUCCACCUUUGCUGGCUUCUACAAAAGCAGACUCUCCUAUAAAUCUCUCACACCAGUCGUCAGCCGUCAAGCGUAGCUCGCCACCGUAUGCUUGUAGCAUCCAGCCGGACAGGCUGAUGAAUCCUGCAUCUAAACAUUUGAUAGACCUUUCUAAAAGCAAAGAAAUUCAAGGAGCCAAGCUGAGCAGGAACGAUAGUCCCCAAAACUCUUCAGCUUUCAGUGCAAGCAAGCUGUUGCAGAACCUCGCUCAGUGUGGCAUGCAGACUUCCAUGUCAAGUGAAGAACAAAGAGCUAGCAAACAGCUGGUAGCAGGGAACACAGAUAAACCUGUAGGCUUGAUUGAUAGAUUGAACAGCCCUCUGCUUACAAAUAAAUUGAAUACGCCAGAAGAAAAUAACAAAAUAUUCAGUUGUCAGCCUGCACCAGCUGAACAAGGACUUCCAGGUUCAGAAAUAGAAAAUCUCCUUGAAAGGCGCACUGUCCUUCAGCUGCUUCUGGGAACUCCCAAUAAAGGUAAAAGUGAAAAGAAAGAGAGGAUGCUUUUAAGAGAUGAAAGUUCUCAAGAACAGACAGAUAAGGCUUUGAAUGAGCAAAUAUUGACGGUAAAAAUAAAAACUGAACCAUCUGAUGAAUCAAAUGUUCCUUAUAAUUCAAGUGUGCAACAAGUAAGAGAGUGCAAGGGUAACAAAUUUCAAGGAUUUGUUCAUUCACUGCAGAGAAACACAGCUGCUUCUCCAGCAUCUGAGGAGGUGAAAUCUGAGCCUCUUUCACCUCAAGAUUUCUCUUUCUCCAAAAACGGCCUGUUAAGUAGGUUGCUGAGACAGAAUCAAGAUGGUUACCCUGCAGAUGAGCUGGACAGAAGUCACCGAAACAAUGAGCUGACACACCUUGAAUCAAAGAGUCUUUGCACAGUACCGAAGAAGAGGAAGCUUCAUGCUGAGCCUUUAGAAAGUCCAUUAAAAAAGAUGAAAAGUAGUAUGUCUGAUGCUGCAAACAAUCAUGCCUCUCCUGCAGAGGCAUUGUAUGGGCCUUUGCUUAAUCAGCAAGAACUGAAAUUCGGCAGAAAUGAUGCUGAAUUUAAAUAUGCUGUAAGUCAUGGUUCAAAUAAUGAAAGUGAAUAUAGGAGUUGGUCUAGAGAUACUAAAGGCUUUAAUGUGUUGAAACAGCUGCUUCUCUCAGAAAACGGUGAGAGAGAUCUGUCACAACAUAGGAAUAACAUAGUAACAGAGGGCAAGAAAAAAGGAAACAAAACCAGUGUGACAAUUAAUAAACCUGAAUUUAGCAUUUCUUCAGUAAAUGCACUAAUGGGAAGCCCUGUGCAACAGAACAAUUGUGUAGAUCAUAGAACAUUUCAGUAUCCUGUAGCAGUAAAAAGUCCUGCUAGUUCCCCCUUCCCUGAACAUUUUGGGAGUACAGUAUCUAGACUUGAGUCUGACCAGCUGAGUAUGUGUCCCAUGCCCAGUGAAAAAGGGCCCAUCAGAUGGGUGAUCACAGGUGUGGACAAGAAUGAUUAUGAAAAAGACUCUCCAAGACUGACCAAAACCAAUCCAAUCUUGUACUACAUGUUACAGAAAGGCGGCACCUCUGUUAGUGGCCAAGAGCCACAUGACAAAGAAACCUGGAAUGAACCUUCAUUUACUGGUAGUUCAACUCAUGUUACAAUCAAAGAGGAGUUGACAUCUGAUGCAGAGCUUGAAACUCCUUUUAGUAACCUAAGAAGCCCUUACAACAGCCAUAUGGGGAGUAGUAAGACCUCUCAUCAACAUGGUAUGAAUGGAGAAGUAAACGGACUGCUGGAAAAAGUACUAACAAUCAAAAAAGAGCCAGAAUAAACUACAGCCUCUUCAAUGAGUUUACAAUCAGUGGUUUUGAAUCUUUGUUUAAAAAAAAAAAAAAAGAAAAGAAAAAAAAUAAAAAGGAGUACGAACUUGACUACUGUAUAAAUUGAGCAUGAUUUUAGAGAAGCAUGGUCUAAUUGAAACAUGUUUUCAUUUGAUAAACUUUUUAUUUUUCUGGUGAUGUUAUUUAAAAUACAUGUAGAUAAAAUUUGCUUUACAACAGAUCAUCACAAGGAAACUAGAAAGGUCAUAAUUUGUACAAGACAUUUCUGUAUACAUCAGAUUAAGUUAUGAGUACUCUUUGAUCAGAGUCUUAUUUGGAUCUGCAAGGUUUUGGUAUAACAAAGUGUAAGCGUACAGCCUAGGUGGUGGUAAUGCUGCGUUUUCUCCCUCCCUGUAAAAUAAUCCUUAUUUUUUGGAAGCCUGAGCAUAGAGACAGUGUACUUUUUUUUUUUGAAUGUUUGAUAUGUUUUGUUAAAUUUUAAGAAUAAUUUUUAAGAAGUGGAGCAGUCCGUCCAGGGUAUUAGCUCAUCAUAUUGGAAAACCUGUGUCAGUGUUAAUAAUUGAAAUGCACUGAAAUGUAUUUUUUAGUGCUUCCAAAAUUUGUAUUGUUAUUUUUAAAUCGUUUGUGGUCCUGCCAGAAUAGUGGUGUAAAAAUCUAUUUUUCUUCUUUGCCCUGCUCUUGUCAAAUGCCUUCCUCAGAAUCCUUAGACAUAGUUAUAAGUUACAGGUUAGAUUAAGGGAUUUUUUUAGGUUUUUAUACAAAGGCAGAUUUUCAUAGGCCAUGCAAGUACUGCAUGAGUCUUUGUUGGCGCAUUCCUGUCACUUCACUGCUUGAAAGGGGAAAGCCAAAAUGCCUCUUGGAGUAGUGCAUUUAAGAAAGUUGAAUACAUACUGGUGAGGAAAAUGGUGGAAAGUCUGUGAAGCAGAAGAGUGAAAUUGUCUGGUGAGCACCACUCUGCUUCCCCUGCAGAAGAAUACCAGCUGCAGUAAAGCAGCACAUCAGACUUCUACUCAGACGGAAUAGGAUUUUAAUGAAAAAUGUGUUGACCUCUUCCUACAACCAUGGAAAAGAAUCCAUAUUCUGUCAAUAUUUAUUACUCUCUGAACAGCUGAUGCAUGGUUUAAUGCACUACCCUUUCACUGCAGAAAAUCUAGUUUUAGAAUAAUUUUUCAGGUUGCACUGAGGAUAAAAUUGUGGAUUUGUCAUGUUCUGUAAUAGAUAGUGAGACAUGUCUGAGAAAUCUUCCUCUGCCCUUUUCCUCAAUCCCCACCUGUGCUAUGAUUUGUAACAUCUGGCAAUAUCAGCCUGAGAUGGGAGUAACUGAAAAUUGCCGUCAAAGCUGAGACACCUGAAAAGAAUUGUGGGCUAGGGAAGAGCCGUGUGGCUCUACUUCCUUGUUAACACUGUCAGUGUUAACUCCGUUUGCAACCUUUAUUUCUCAUGGGGGGAGGAGGAGGACAAAAUCCAGCUCCUCUAAAUUAUAUGCAUUAUUGCAAACUCUUACGUUUUGCUGAAUUCUUUAUACUCCCCUGAAAACAAUGUGGUUUCUAAUUUCUGAUCAUCCUCUGUUCUAGGAGCAAACAGCUAAGUAGCUGGCUUGCACAGCUAAUGAAAGCUACACUCUUUGACCAUUUUCACCACUGAGACCUGAUGACACAACAAAAUUGCUGUUUCUGUCCAUCUUGUGUUUGCGUAACAGAGAUGAGUGAUGGGGCAUUUUUUUUCUGGCUUGGUUUCAGAGAUGCUUUUCCCAGACUGAUGGCUUGCUGAGACAGAGCAAGCUGUUGUCCCCAUUUUGUCCUCCAUCCCCAGCCUGGGAUCAGUUCCUUUCUUCCCAGUGCAGUCUAUGCUGAAAGUGACUUCUCUUGCCUGCCAGGUGGAAAGUGCACCACUAUUGUGUUUUACCCCCUGGAGGAUACCUUCUUUUAGGGAACACAAAUAUUUGGCAGUAUCUGACAUAAAACAUUCCCCCUAGUUUAUAUGAGAAAUAAAAGAGCGAUUUAAAGAUAUAUUUUUAUGUUAUUUGGGUGAAGCGUAAUAUAUUAAUGGGCUGUACAAAGAAGAUUUAUAUUUUAAAACAUUCACACAAAUCUAGUAUCAUUUUAAAUGUCAUUGUCUGAAGUAUAAUAUAAAAAUAAAAUUUUGUUUGUCUUUAAUAUUGCAUUUAUAAGUGGCCCAGUGGCAAUUCAGAUGUCUCAUAGAAUAAUCAUUAACCAGAUAAAGUAUAUUUUGAAUUGACAGUAGAACUGAAUUCUUUUUAUAUGAGUCAACCCAGCAGAAAUAUUAAAAAGAUGGUAUUUGUUCCAUCCAUUAAAGGUCUCUUAAAGUCUUAAUUAUUUUUCUGGAAACAACAUGUAUAUAGCUAGGAAAUAUAUACAAUAUAGAGUAAUAGAUGGUCCCUGGAGUAAAUACAGAACUAUAAUUUACUUGGAAGGCUCCACAAAAAAUUGCAGCUUGAAAAGAUGUGAAAUAACCUGGUUGGAAAACUUCAUCAAAACCAAGUGGAGAUGAAGGUAGGGAGGAGCAUCUAACCCUAACAAAAAGUAAUAUUGGAGCCUAGGAGUGUGCUUACCAGUGUAUUUAUUCUAUGGUAAUCUAUUGUUACAAUAUAUACUUUUAAACAUUUAGUUUUUAAAGUUUUAUAAAACUUUCAAGUUAAAAUGUUAACAGCUUGACCAGUUAUUUAGCUUUCUUUUUAAGUAUUGUUAAUGAAAGGAUAUUACCAUUCUCACAGACGUCAGUUAACUAAAAUACACAAGAAUUCAAGUUUAGGACAUGCUGUUCAUGGAAGAAUCUUACCUCUUGUAGACGUUGCAAUCUCAAGGAGCAUCCAACAUAACAAUGAGGCCCUUGAGAGAGGUUAGGGCAUGCCAACUUAAUGCUUUUCAGUCAGCUGCUAAAAGAGCAACAGUCUCCUGUGUGAAGUUCUCCUUUAUCACUGAUGUUACCCCUCCCUAGGGAAGAGAGGUCUUGAAAAAUCUGCCACAUCCACAUUUACAGCCUUUAAACCUGAGGACCAAAGGCUCUUCAAUAAUUUUUUAUCUUGUAGUAUAGGUGAGUAAAAAGGAGUCAUCAUCAUUUUACUUGAGGACAUUUCCAUCAGAAAAGGGGGGGUGCAGGAGCUGGGUUUGCUGUACCAGCAGAGGGAUGUGUAGGGCUGGCUGUGUUUUCCCAAGCAACUCAAAGAUGCUUGAUUUCCACCAGUGCCUGUAGAUGAAUGAUAAACCGAGGUCAUCUGAGUAAUGCUUGAUAUUCUCAGCAACUCCCUUCUUCUUGGUUCAGUAGACAUUCACUGCAUUUUGGCUAUCCCUGAUAUGUUUCCUCAGUCUGUGGGAGUGCAAGCUUCAAAGAUUGCUUUGCAAACUCAGGAGGAUGAAGUUUCAACUAGGCCUUUAGAUUCUAGACUUGGAAAAUGGAAUCUUGUCAAAGAGGGGCAGGAUUGAUGGGUGGUGGUGUGCAAUCUCACCAUCAGAGGAGGAGGGAGGGAGGGGAGGAGAUCACAUCCGGCUUGCAGCUGGUUGAUACUGCUAGGAGAAAGCAGCUUCCACCCUAUGGAGCAGUGAAGAAGCAAGUUAGGGAUGUGUCUGUACUAUAGUUAAAGUUGUAAAUUGCAGCCCCUUGGGACUUGUACCUGAAUUAACUUUAACUUUGCUUCGCUCGGAGUACUCACAGCAGCAGCAGUCGGGUUGCCAAGUGCCCAGUGCCUUCCUCAAAGGGCAUCUACAGGCUCAUGCCGCUUCACCCACUGUGGUGAUAUAGUGCUCAAGCUAGCUAGAUUUGGGGAUUGACUGAGAGAACCAGAUUUCUAGUUUCUCCUCUGCCAGAGUUUGAGGAAAUGUGUGGUAAUGCAUGACCACAGAAUCAAAGAUGUUUUACUGAAGGGCCGCUCUGCUGAUACCACAUAACUGGGUGGCUCAGUUUGACAAGUUUAUAAAUGUUACAAGAUCAAAAGGGAAUUCAGCCAUAGCUUUCACUUUUCUUAGCCAUUUACUCUUAGUAAUGUUUUUAAAUUUUUAAUUUACAAAUUUUUUAAAAAGAAAGAAAUGAAUGGUUUAAAUUUUCCCUGUUAAAUGUUGGUGAAAGUAUUACAGCUCUCAUUGACGUCAGUGACAUGAUAUUACCAGUUUGUUCUCUGCUACAUCUUACAGAGGAGUAAACUGGUAAGUAUAUAUUAUAUAUAUUUAUAUAUAAUGUAAAUAUAUUGACUUGUUACACCUAUAAUAUGUUGAAAUUGGUUUUUAAAAGGUGAUGUAAAUAGUGGUUUCCUUAAUGAAAAAUACAUAUUUUGUAUUGUUCUAAUGCAAAGGAAAAAAAAACCUUUUAAUCUUUUUUGUUAUGUAUAUUCCAUGUAUAAGUGUAAAUAUGAUCACAUAGGUUUAAAAACUUUUGCAUGUAUGUAUACAGUUGCAAGUCUGGAAGAAUGUAUAGAAAAAUACUUUUAUUUAAAGUUGUGAUUACCUGCUGCAUGAAAAACGCAUGGGGGACCCUGUGCAUCUGUGCGUUGGCAAAAAAAAAAAAAAGUCUUAACAAGUCAGGUCAGUUCAAAACACAACAGUAUUCCAAUUCUGGACAUGACUUCUGCUGUGGUAUUUUAGCUUUGUGAAAGAAUGUGCUUCAAAUCAAAAGGGUCUGGGAAAAAAAAAUAAAAGUGCAAAACUAUUUUAAAACAUGAAGUACUCAUACAUCUAUAAUCAGUCAUGUAAGUUCAGGACUCCAUUUUGCAUAAUUGAAAUAUUGUACCAGGACUAUUCCAUGCCUGUAAAACAAAGGAAUAUUGAUUUUCAUUGCCAUAUAUAAGAAUUUGGGAUUUUACCACAACCAAUUUUACUGUGAUGUGUCUUCAGUAAUUUAUCUAACUGGUCUCAUUUUUUUUAUUAGAGAUUAAUUUCCUCAUGUGAUGUCACAAAACUGUACAUACUGCAGUGUGAAGUUUUUUUAAAUCUUUCAGUGUUUACUUCCUGAAGAAGAUUUGAAUAAAUGAGAAAAAUGCAUUGUC